AUGUCAGUAUCCGCUCCGUCAAGUCGCGCCGAGGAAGUGCGGGAUCUCCUCAAUGCAGUCGAAGACCUCUUGAUCCCAUUCAUUCAGUCCGCAGACGAGAACCCCUCCAACCAUGAACACGCAACGAACGGAUCGAACGGCUUCAGCAAGAUAAAAAAUGGAGAUAUAACACAUCCGAGCACGUCACUAGUGGAUUACAAGAAGCCUGAGGAACUGCGGAAUAUCCUACAACUCGAAUUGCCACAGAAGGGCACCAGACAAGAGGGUCUGAUCCAAGUGCUCCGUAAGGUCCUCCGAUACUCGGUCAACACCUGGCACCAGGGCUUCCUGGAUAAGCUCUACGCAUCGACAAACGCUCCCGGUGUUGCUUCAGAAUUGAUUUUGGCGACUCUCAACACAAACGUGCAUGUCUAUCAGGUUUCGCCGGCGUUGACGGUCAUCGAGAAACACACCGGACAGCAAUUGGCUUCGCUAUUUGGACUUGAUGGUCCCUAUGCUGGUGGUAUCUCGGUCCAAGGUGGUUCUGCUUCGAAUACGACCUCGAUUGUCAUUGCGCGCAACAACCUAUUCCCCGAUACCAAGACGGAGGGUAAUGGAGGAUAUAAAUUCGUUCUGUUCACCAGCGCCCAUGGCCAUUAUAGUAUCGAGAAGGCGGCGCAGAUGCUGGGACUGGGCAGCAAUGCUGCCUGGGCGGUACCCAUCGACAAGCAAGGCCGGAUGAUUCCUGCUGAGUUGGAGAAGCUGGUGCAGAAGGCCCUUGACGAGGGCCGCACGCCGUUCUAUGUCAACGCUACAGCAGGAACAACUGUCAUGGGAUCGUUUGAUCCCUUCAACGAAAUCUCUGCCAUUUGCAAGAAGUACCGGUUAUGGUUCCAUGUUGACGGCUCCUGGGGAGGCUCUUUUGCCUUCUCGAAGCGCCAGAAGCAGAAGCUCGCCGGCGCUGAAAAGGCAGACAGUAUUGCUAUCAACCCGCACAAGAUGCUGGGAGUGCCCGUUACCUGUUCAUACCUUCUAGCCUCCGAUCUCCGCCAAUUCCACAAAGCCAACACCCUCCCGGCCGGUUAUUUGUUCCACAAUAACGAAGAGGACGAGGCCAACGACGGCGGGCCCGUCCAGUCAGAUGUCGCAAUCGACUCCCCCGAAGUCUGGGACCUGGCUGAUCUUACCCUCCAAUGUGGCCGCCGCGCAGACUCCCUCAAACUCUUCCUAGGUUGGACAUACUAUGGAACGGAAGGCUACGAGUCACAAAUCGACUCCGCCUGCGACGUCGCAGCACAUCUGGCCAGCAUUGUUGAGCAGAACCCCAACUUCGUCCUCAUCAGCGAGAACCCGCCGCCGUGUCUGCAGGUCUGCUUCUACUAUGCUCCUGGAAAGGACUUCGUCUAUCCGCGCUCUGCUGCGGGCGUUGUAUCUAACGAGGAGAAGCGCGGUCAGCAGAAUAGCAAGAUUACUGAGCAGGUGACAAAGGCUAUCGUGGAUAAGGGUUUCAUGGUUGAUUAUGCGCCGCCCAGCGGCGAUGCGGAUGCUGUGGGUAAUGGGAAGUUCUUCCGCUGUGUUGUCAAUGUCACCACGACUAGUGAAACCGUCGAGGCGCUUGUGCGGGCCAUUGAGAGGACAGGGCCUGCUGUUGUUGAGAAGCUCAAGGUAGAUGCUGCUGCUUCUGCUGUCCCGGCUGGGGUUCACAGGAGACCUGGUGAGAGGGGCCAUGGCCCUGUGGUUCAUCCCUAG